AUGAUUAUUCGAGUACAGUCCGAAAACGGAACUAAAAGAAUCAGCUUGUCUGAAACGGACUCAUUUUCGAAGCUCUUUGAACUUACAGCAGAAGCCUUUCACUUUGAUCUGAAUGCAGGUUGGGAGUUGUCUAGGUCUCGCAAACUCGCUGAUGCUUUUAAGCGAUCGACUAGAGGUAUGGUCAAAGACGCUAAGCUAAAUGAAGGUGAUAUGCUAUAUGUUGUAAAAUCAGAAGAUAGGGCAGCAAAACCUGAGGGCAAAGGUACUUCAAAUACUGAACCGACGGGGACAAAUGUAAAAGAAGAUGAUGUGGACAAGAUCAUUGAGACGAUGGACGGUAAAAUUAAACGCGUGAAAGGACCCAUGUGCCAUCAUCCCGAUCUUGGAGUCUGCAUUCAUUGUGUCCCUCUCGAGCCCUCAGAUCCCGAUUACCUCAGUCUCUGUGACCCAUCUGUUAAAUUCAUAUCUUUCCAUGCCUACCUUCGUAAACUUAGAGGGGGUGGUAGCAAAGGCAAAUUUGUGACAUUGGAGAACGUGCGCUGUAGUCUCCGUGGUGGUUGCACCUCUCAUCCCCCAUGGCCUGAAGGUAUCUGCACUCACUGCCAACCCAAGCCCGUGACCCUGGAAGUACAACCCUAUCGACAUGUAGAUUACGUUCAAUUCGAAAAUGGUGAGGUUAUGGAAGGUUUCCUGGAAUACUGGCGUGCUACUGCCAAACAACGAAUUGGCAUUCUUCUAGGUGAUUAUGCGCCUUUCAACACGUCCGGUUCCCCGCCUCUUGCUAUUAAAGCGGUUGUAUCUGCAAUCUAUGAACCCCCUCAGGAGGCAACAAGUCGUUCAGUGCGUUUUACCUGCCCUCUGGAUCAACUUCUGCCCAAAUCUGUGAAAGAAGCCGCUGCGGCAUUGAAUCUGAGACCAGUAGGUUGGAUAUUCACUGACCUAACUGCAGAUGGUACAGUUGGUACUGUACAACACUAUCGUGGUGAUAUGGACACAUUUUUCAUGAGUGCAGAGGAGUGUAUAACUGCGGCCCACUUACAGAAUCUACAUCCCAAUCCCUCUCGAUACAGUCCUGAUGGUCAUUUCGGAUCGAAAUUUGUCACUGUUGUGGUUACAGGGGGCGGAGACAAACAGAUUCACUUCGAGGCCUAUCAGGUCUCCAAUGUUGCUAUGUCACUUGAAUCGGCAGGCAUACUAGUGCCGACGUUUGAUGCUCCCGAAUUGGGAUACAUUCGGGAGUCAACAAAAGACCAAUAUGUACCCGAUGUAUUCUACUCGUCUAUUGAUAAGUACGGUAACAAAGUUACCAAGAUUGGACGCCCCUUGCCUAUUGAAUACCUCCUUGUUGAUAUGCCAGCAGCUUUCCCACUGGAGCAGACUUUCACCUUUGCUGAACAGAGCAACUACCACAUACCCAAGCAUGUUAUGUUCCCUAUUGAAAAUCGUGAAGAUUUGGGGCAUAAGCAGAACAUAGAGGCAUUCGCUCGUCAUUUCGCAGCCUAUGGCCGUGAAAAGCUCUACCCGUGUCUUAGCAACUUCCACGUAUUGGCUUGGCUUUCUGGGCAAGUGGAUUCUCUACCUUUAGACAGACAGAGCUUUAAUAGCCUCUUAGAAACCCUCAAAACGCGGAGCUCUGUCUCCGAAUGGGCUGAAAACUGCCCUUCUUGGAACUCCCUUGAGUUGAUUCUUCAAACACUUGAGUCAGGUGGCGCCAGCAUACCAAUGGACACAAGCGAUACGCCAGGUGCGUCAGCAUCAGUUACCACGGCGACCACCAGUUUCUACGGCCAGUCGGGAAGCCGCAACAGCAGUAAGAACGAUUUGAGUGAAGCUGAUAGUUUUUGGGCUUGUCAGCAUUGCACUCUUCACAACUCCCUCGAUCAAACUGAAUGUGAAAUGUGUGGCCUACCUCGCCGAAUCUAG